AUGCAUGAGAACAAAGAACUACAGGCUCUUGCCAACGAGCUUAGAUCGGCUCUUCACCAGUAUCCAAACUUCCCCACCGAAGGUGUCUUGUUUGAAGACUUUCUACCAUUAUUUAGAUCUCCACAUCUAUUUAACAAACUUAUAGUAGCUUUCAAGCUUUACAUUGAGGAGAACUUUGACCAGACCAUCGACUACAUUGUUGGUUUGGAAUCGAGAGGUUUUUUGUUUGGUCCUACCCUAGCGUUAGCGCUCGAUGCAGGUUUCAUUCCAAUUAGAAAGGCAGGUAAGUUGCCUGGUGAUGUGUACAAAGUCGGUUACACAAAAGAAUACGGUGAGGAUUUCUUUGAGAUCCAACAGGAGGCCAUUCCGGAAGGGGCAAACGUCUUGAUUGUCGACGACAUCUUGGCGACAGGCGGUUCUGCGCAUGCCGGUGGUGAGCUGGUGCAAAAAUGUAAGGGUAAUAUUUUAGGAUUCUGCUUCGUCAUGGAGUUGGAUUUCUUGAAUGGUAGAGAUAGGCUACAAGCUCCAACGUUCACCUUGUUACAGGGACAGCCAGAGUCUCUCAAAGAGAGCUCAGUUUAA